CAUUGGUUCGGGCGACACCCCCCCGGCCGGUUGGGGGGGUCACAGAGCUCGGGAUUGAGAAGAGCACAGGUCAGAGUACGGUAUAGGGCAAACUCAGGAAUCUUCCAUCAACUUGCCUCUUUCGGGUCCAAGACGGUCUCGAGGGUCGCCGGUGAUUGGUCCCGUGUUCACCGUCCGACAUGGCGGGUAUGAUAGUUGAGCCUUCCGGGGUUAUUUCUCGCUGCCACCCAAACGCUUUUGGCAAAGAUAUAAAACAAGACUAGAGGAUGGGGAGAAUCCCAAUCGUACCACUCAUCUCACUGACCAAAGCAUCGAAUUCCGCUCGGUUCUCGGCACGGUGUAGUGGAUUUCAAUGCAGCACUGACUGGCCACUUGCGGUUUCGGGUCACCAGACGAGCAAGCGCGUUGCUGAAUCACGACGCAUGGAAGGCGGUAGGCGUUUCCUCUGAGUGCUGCCUCCGAUGCAGCGGAAAGCUCCCACAAGGUACAGGCUCAUACUCCUCU